AUUGAGGAAACGGAAACGCAACUUGUGGGGAGACUGAGAAAUUCAAUUUCCAGGCAACGGAGCAUGUCAGAUUUUGUAUGAAGUUGACAGCAGUUUUUAAUUAAGGACAAUUUUUUUAAUCAAGAUAUAUCACGUUCACACGAGAUACGAUAUUUGACGUGCAGGGCAACUGCAGUUAAAGAAACUGACUUCCUACGGAUCACUCUUGAAACCUAAGUUUAUUAAUUUUGCCUUCCAUUGCAAGAAGCGUGUUGCCGCACACUGGUCGAAUGGAAUACUUCCAAGGCUGGAGAGAUGAUGCGUUGUGGUUAUGUGAUUUUUGUUCUGUAAUGUGUAAAAUAUUUAACAGUGUAACACAAGUAGUAAUUCAUGCAAUUACAAUAGUAAAUGGAAAUAAUUAUGAUGGCAAGUUUAAGCUCUUUGCAAAGUCUGGUUUUCAAACAGUAUGGAAAAGAAGAGUGCUUAUCCGGUCCUUUAGUACGUACAGUGAAUUAGAAGCUCGUCGAGUGGUGGUGACUGGUUUGGGCGUUAUAUCACCAGUUGGUUGCAAUGUACGCAAGGCAUGGAGUACAAUAUUGCAAGGAGGUUGUGGCAUUACAAGACUUGAAGAUGAACAUUAUAAUAAUCUUCCUUGCCAGAUAGCUGGACUCGUUCAGGAUGGGAAAGAUGGUGGAAAAUUUGAUGUUACCAAUUAUUUUUCAAAAAGUGAACUUCGAGCAAUGGCGCCAGCUACAGCAUAUUCUAUUAUUGCAGCACAGGAAGCAUUAGAAGAUGCUAAAUGGUUUCCUGAAGGAGAGGAAUUGAAGCAGAUGACUGGCGUAGCUGUCGGAAUGGGGAUGAUUGACCUUGUAGAUGUGUGUGAAACUGCUGAGGCAUUGAAAAAAGGAUACAACCGAGUGAGUCCUUUCUUUGUUCCUCGUAUUUUGCCCAACAUGGCAGCAGGACAGAUCAGCAUCAGACAUGGUUUCCGAGGUCCAAAUCAUACUGUAUCAACUGCUUGUGCUACAGGAGCUCAUGCAAUAGGCGAUGCGUUCAGGUUUGUGCAGCGUGGAGACGCAGAUGUAAUGGUAUGUGGAGGAGCAGAAGCAUGCAUUAGUCCUCUCUCCAUAGCAGGAUUCUGCAGACUAAGAGCACUUAGUACGUCCUACAACAAAACCCCUGAGAAAGCAUCAAGACCAUUUGAUAAAGACCGUGAUGGUUUUGUUAUGGGCGAAGGUUCGGCCAUGUUAGUGCUAGAAGAACUUAACCAUGCAAAGUCAAGGGAUGUCAAUAUUUAUGCUGAAAUAUUGGGGUAUGGAUUAUCUGGAGAUGCAUAUCAUCUGACAGCCCCAAAGGAAGAUGGAACAGGAGCUAUUCUUGCUAUGACUAGAGCUUUAAAAGAUGCCAAACUCCAGCCUCAUGAUAUUGGUUACAUCAAUGCACAUGCGACAUCAACUCCAGUUGGUGAUGCAAUAGAAUCAAGAGCCAUCAAAAAAUUGUUUGGACCACAUUCCAAUAAGUUAGCAGUUUCUUCUACAAAAGGUGCUCAUGGACAUUUACUGGGUGCAGCUGGCAAUCUGGAAGCUGUGUUCACAGUCAUGGCAUGUUACAAAGCAUGGCUUCCGCCUACAAUUAAUAUGGAUAAUCCUGAUGAAUUGAUGAAUUUGAACUAUGUGCCUAAUGAAAAACAGGAAUGGGUCGAGUGUACCAGGAGGGUUGCACUUAAAAAUGCAUUUGGAUUUGGUGGAACAAAUGCAUCUAUUUGUAUAUCAGAAUACAAGGAAAAGUAAUUUUAA